GCUCAAAAACGAAUACACUUAGGUAAACACAAGAAAACAUGGCUGUUCACAAAGCUGGUUUCCUUUCUCUUCUCCUUUUGUUUGGAAUUUUUCUACUUUUAAGUGAGCUAGAAUAUGCAGAUGCCAAGGCUUGUACCCGAAAUUGUAAUCCAAGAAUUCGUUACGGGAGAUGUCCAAAAUCAGGAAAUAAGAAGUUUAGCUUAGGAUGCACCAACUGUUGUGCAGGAUCCCUAGGUUGCAACUAUUACAGUGCUAAUGGAACUUUUAUCUGUGAAGGAGAGUCUGAGAUUAAAGUCGAAACUAUAGAGACUGAAGUCGAAACUAUGGUCGAACCAAAUAAGAUUUGUCCCCGUAAUUGUGAUCCAAAAAUUCGCUACGGGAGAUGUCCAAAAUCAGGAAAUAAGAAGUUUAAUGUAGGAUGUACCAACUGUUGCGCAGCCAGAAAGGGUUGCAAUUAUUUCAGUGCCAAUGGAACUUUUGUAUGUGAAGGAGAGACUGAGACUAAAGUCGAAAUCAUAGAGACUAAAGUCGAAAUGCGGAAAUAAAAAGAGUAGCGAUCGAAUAUGCACCAACUGUUGCGCAGGCAGAAAGGGUUGCAACUAUUUCUGGAACUUUUGUUUGCAAGGGAGAAUCUAGAGUCGAAAGUAUGAUAGAAGUUGUUAAACCUCGUCCCCGUAACUGUGAUGCAAGAGUUGGUUACAUGACUUGUCCACAGUUGGGAUUGGCAAAACUUAGUCAAGUAUGUGUCAACUGUUGCAGUGCAGGAGAAGGUUGUAAACUCUAUGGUUUUGAUAGAUCUUUACUUUGUACUGGUGGGGAUCGGAUUCAAACCUAUUAAUCCUCAUAAGGGUAGAUGCCUUUUCUUUUUCUAGUUUGUACUCUCUAAUUAAAUAAAUGGCUGAGGGUAUGUCUCUUGGGUGGUGUAUGAUGCGACAGUGGAUUUUUCCAAUUUCCAAUGUCUGUACUAGGUUUUCAAGAGCCUAAUGAAUGGAGUACUCGUUUAUCUUA